AUGGCGGACGAUUUAGAUUUAGACUUUUUGAUUUCACUAGUGGAAGCACGUCCCGUUCUCUGGGACAAGUCAAAGGAGGAUUAUAAGAAUAAAAAUUUAAAAACAGAAGGGUGGAAAGAUGUCUGCCUAAAUAUUUUUCCAUCAUUCGACAGCAUGGACAAUAAAGAAAAAACGAAACUCGGUAAUGACGUCAUAAAAAAAUGGACUAACAUUAAGGAUAAUUUUUUCAAAUAUACAAAGAAGGUAGAACUUUCAAAGAAAUCUGGAGCUGGUGCUAAACGUAUAAAAGAAUAUCAUUUGUAUAGACAACUCAUGUUUUUACAAAAAAAUGCACCAAAUUUAACUGAAGAUAGUAUAGAAGAAGAAUCUCAAACUCCGAACACAAGGUCAAGAUAUCAACCCUACAGAAAAACUACGCUAAAACGAAAACCAAGUUGCGAUGAAUUUGAGAAGCAAAUCGUCGAAACUUUAGCUGCUUCUGAAAAUCGACACCUGUCAUUUUUUAAAGCCAUUUUACCGUCUCUCAACAAGAAAUGACCACCAGACCUUGCUAUUUCAAAGCGGGGUUUUAAAGAUUUUAACAGAUUUCCAUCAAUCACCAUUCCAGUCAUAUAGCGGGUACCAGACAGCAACAUCUUACGACGCUAACUAUAACCAAACUGCCCAACAACCACAAGCUACAAUGUCUUAUGAAACUAACUAUCAAACAGCUUGUAAUUCAUCAAACCCAAUUAGUAUAAAUCGUCGCGAAACAUCACCAGUCUCAACUUUGGAAGACAUCAUGUCUAAUACCACAGAUACACUGGAAUCCGAAUACGAUUUUUCUUAAAUCAUAAUAAAUACGAAAAAGAUUACAUUAUUACUGAUUUAUAUUAUAAUUUUGUAAGAAAACGGUUUUUUUAUUGAUUUUCUUCUUUGUUGAUUUUUUUUUGUUUGAUUGUUAUUGAUACAAAGAUUACAAUAUUAUGGUUGCGAAAAGAAGUAAAAAAUAUACAUUUGUUUAAAUGCGUGAACUUGAUUGUUUUAUUUAAAUUCUGCAAAAAGGACCACUUGACGAGUUAGCAAUUUUAAAAGGCUUGGCGGAUUGACACAAAACACAGACCUAGCUAAUACAUACGUAUGAAUACAUCAAAGAAAAUAUUUCUAUGAUUAGAAUAUGUAAAUAAGUUGAAAUAAAUUUCUUUUUUUUACCUUAUAGUUAAGCCUAGCAUUUCCAUGGGCCCAACAGGUUUCCUGAACACGUAUUUCUUCUGUAUACGAG